CUGGGUCUUUGAAAUAUCUCACUGCAACGUGCCUUACCUCUGCCUCCCAAGGACAGGGAAGACGCUCUGCUCUGGCUCCCCUUAGUGAGACUGAUUGAGGGCAGAGUCACUUGAACUGCCUCUUGGGAUGGAUAUCACCCGCCUACUUCUGGCCACCCUACUGGUCUUCCUAUGCAUCCUCGCUGCUUACAGUCAUCUGGCACCUGAGGAGGAGCCCAGAGAUGACGGGAGCCUAAGGAGCAACUCCUCCAUGAAAGUACUGGAUAUCCCUUCUGUCUCUAUUGUGGCACUGAACAAGAAAUCCAAAAAGAUCAGCAGAACAGAAGCAGAAAAGAGGACAAGAUCUUCCAAGGCCGAGACGAUAAGCACGGCAGGCAUGGCCAGUUCCAGCAGCCCGGCAUUUCCCCUACAGAAAAAGGCUCCGAUGAAGAAGGUAGCGCGGCCCCGGCCCCCUCCGCCCACGCCCUGCGUGGCCGCCCGCGACAGCUGCAAGUCGCCGUCGCCACCCUGCUGCGACCCGUGCGCCUCCUGCGUGUGCCGCUUCUUCGGCAGCGUCUGCUCCUGUCGCGUACUCAACCGCAACUGCUGAGUGCGUCCACUCUCGGCUG